CUUCAUUUCAGAUGCAAAACACCUCAGACGCCGGAAGAGAAGGAAAAAGUGGAGGAAUUACAUAAAAACACAUUGAAACGAAAAGCACAGAUUCAUGAAAUCGAACAGUCUUUACCCGCCCAAUCCGGCUUGUAUCUGAAGAUCAUACUCGGCGAUGUCAACGUAUCAAUUCUGAACAGAAACGACAAAGUUCGCUACAAAGAUGACUAUGAAAAGUUUAAAUUAAUACUCAACGUAAUUGGACUGUUAAUGGCGUUUCUCAAUUUGAUAUUCAACUACAGGGCCCUCGAACUUGCCUACAUUUUUCUACUAGUCUGGUACUACUGUACACUCACCAUUCGUGAAUCGAUACUCAAAGUAAAUGGAUCACGCAUUAAAGGCUGGUGGCGAGCGCAUCACUUUAUCUCAACGGCAGCCGCCGGUGUAUUGCUUGUGUGGCCGCAGGGCGAGCAUUGGCAGCUAUUCCGCACGCAAUUCAUGUACUUCAAUGUCUAUAUAAACCUUGUGCAGUAUUUGCAAUUUGGCUACCAAAAGGGUUUGCUCUAUCGACUGAAGGCGCUCGGUGAACGUCACAACAUGGAUAUCACCAUUGAAGGCUUCCAUUCGUGGAUGUGGCGUGGUUUGAGUUUUCUGCUACCAUUCCUAUUCGGCGGCUAUACAUUCCAAGCAUACAACGCCUGGACCCUUUACAAGUUGACAACGGAACCGCCAGGAGCGCCAUGGCAUGUAUCUGUGUUGUGCGGCUUGUUCCUUCUGCUCUUCAGCGGCAAUAUUAUCACCACAUUAUUGGUCGUGCCCGAGAAGAUACGUGAACGUGCCAAGGAACGCUAUCGUCUACAGUCCAUGGGCACCUCAAUGAAAUUGCGCAAAAUGAUGAGGAAUAGCAUCAGUGAAUUGGACAUUUCCAGCCAACAAUUUCUAGCCAAUAAUAAACAAGAAAACUCUACCUCCAUUCAUGCCAUCGGCGAUGCUGCUGAAACAACAACAGCUUUAACAACAACAAAAACGACGUCAAUUACUGCUAAUGCAAACCCACCAGCAGAUGGCGAUGUUCUUCUACAAAACCAAAUAACGGACGUUGAGCAACAUGAACAACAGGAGGUGGAGACAAAACCAGAAGAUAAGAAGACAAAUUAAAUGGGCCAGUGGGAUACAUAUGUCACCGUGAGGGAAGGACGAAAAACUAAUGGAGAGUGAAGCAGAGUAUGCCGCUUUGCAAUUACUCUGAGUCUGAUAUUCUCAAGUUUUAUGCAGUACAU